AUGGAAACCCACAAGGAGCGCAUUGAAUCCAUGAGCCUGAUUCUCCGGGUCAUGCAAGUAUUUGGCCUCUGGCCCUGGUCCCUGAAAGCUGGUGAGGAGUGGACUCCCUCCGGUUUCCUAAAGCACAACUAUCGGUUUCUGCUGCACCUGCCCAUAACCUUCACCUUCAUCGGUCUCAUGUGGCUGGAGGCCUUUAUCUCAAGCGAUUUGGAGCAGGCUGGCCAGGUGCUCUACAUGUCCAUUACCGAGAUGGCAUUGGUGGUAAAGAUCCUGAGCAUUUGGCAUUACAGGACUGAGGCCUGGCAGCUGAUGAAGGAGCUACGAAAUGCUCCUGAUUACGAACUUCGCCAGCAGGAGGAGAAGGAUUUUUGGCGCCGAGAGCAACGAUUCUUCAAAUGGUUUUUUUACAUAUACAUCCUGAUUAGUUUGGGUGUGGUAUAUAGUGGAUGUACUGGGGUGCUAUUCCUGGAGGACUACGAACUGCCCUUUGCCUACUACGUUCCCUUCGAGUGGCGAAAUGAGAGGAGGUAUUGGUUCGCCUAUGGCUACGAUAUGGCGGGAAUGACGCUGACCUGCAUCUCGAACAUCACCUUGGACACUCUGGGGUGCUACUUCCUGUUCCACAUCUCCCUUUUAUAUCGCCUUCUGGGGCUACGAUUAAGAGCUCUUAAAAAUCUGGAAGAUGAGGCCCAUUUUGGAAAGAAGUUGCGAGGCAUCUUCAUAUUGCAUCAGAAAGUUCGAAGGUUAACCCGCAGUUGUCAAAAAAUCGUCUCUCCCUAUAUACUGUCCCAGAUCAUUCUGAGUGCCCUGAUCAUCUGCUUCAGUGGAUACCGCCUGCAGCACGUGGGAAUUCGGGACAAUCCCGGCCAGUUCAUAGCCAUGCUGCAGUUCGUCAGUGUGAUGAUCCUGCAGAUCUUCUUGCCAUGUUAUUAUGGCAACGAGAUAACCGUCUAUGCCAACCAGCUGACCAACGAAGUUUACCACACCGAUUGGCUGAAUUGCCGGCCUCCGAUUCGCAAGUUGCUCAAUUCCUAUAUGGAGCACCUCAAGAAACCGGUUACCAUCCGAGCUGGAAACUUUUUCGCCGUUGGAUUGCCCAUUUUUGUCAAGACCAUCAACAACGCCUACAGUUUCUUCGCUCUGUUGCUGAAUGUAUCAAAAUAA